UGGGUGUAAUAUGGUGUAUCCUCCCGUGUUUAGUGUACAUAUUUUACAUAUUGUAUAAUGAGUAAAAGUAAUGUGAGAUUGUCAAAUAAGAGGAAAAUAAUUCUAGAGGAUAAAAAUAGUAAAAAAAUCCACUUAUCCGGCGAUGAUUCUGCAAAUUCGCGGAACCCUCUCCUACACCCUGAGAAUCCCGUUCCCGUCCCCGAAAAUUCAGAUUUUACCCCUAAUAACGCAAAUUUCAACUCUGUUAACACAGAAUUAAAUAAUCAGUUGAUAAGUGAAAAUAAUAAAUUAUCGGAGAAAAAGUUGAGAAGGGACGAGUUGUUAUUAUUAUUUAAUAAUUGUGUGACGGCCCUUUCAAAUAAUAAAAUUUGUACCUACAACGCGUUUGACAUUGGAAUCAUAGACCACAUCGACGACUUGAUACAAAUUAACGAGGAGGAAAGCGGUCCGGGUACAGUCGGUGAACGUCAGCGGUCCCAGGAUGGCACAGAGGACAUUAACUACUCGAUGAUCUCGAAGGUGGUGGAAAGCGCGAGUAAAGUCUACAGCUACAGAGUCGAGGCGAUUUAUAAUAAAACGUUCAACAUUCUGACGAAUAUCAAGAGUAAAAAUAACAACGAAAACGCAAAUAUCAAUAAACGCAGUAAAAAAAAUAUCAAACUGUACGAAUUCACAGGAAAGAACACGUUACUGUUGAAGAAUGAGGUAACGCUGAGUAAGUUGGAGGUGGACAAUGUCCUAAUGGACCCGUACUUUCUUAAAAUCUCCUCUCUCUUCAAUAACUCUCUCAACCUCCUCAUGCUCAACAUUCUCAUACACAACCUACUCAUCUCACUCUUCAACACCAAUACCUAUACUAAUCCAGUUAAGGAUUCCGUACUAAGUGUAAAUGCCACUUCUAAUGGUGCAGAUUUACGGCUGAAUAAGUCGUUGUUAUCGGAGAUAGUAAGGAGUGACCAGGGUACCAGGACGAUAUUACCCGAAAUAAAUCAAUACAUCGAACAAUUAUACGGCACAACACACAACCCCUUUGAAAUUCUAUCCAUCACCACUCAAUCUGAAAUACCUGAUGAUAAUCCUGAUGAUAUACACUUGGGAGAUCUGAAUAUGUCAGAAUUACCUGAGUCUGAGAUGGUCCCGGAAGGCGCUAAUGAACCUCUUGAUGCAGAUGACGUGGACGCUUUCUAUGACGCCGUUAGCACUCACGAAUUCCCGGAAAUUUAUACCGCAGACAAUUCACAAAUUUCAGACUUUAAUUCUCUCACAAACACGCAGGACGUGGGAACGCAGUUGACGGAUUUGGUACCCCGUGAAGCAUAUUUAUCAAAUGUCCCGGGGUCAGAAAUUGCAAUUGACGGCAUUUUAGAAAACGUGACCGUGAAACGGAGAAAGGCGCGCGAAGUUAAAAUUCGUACCGCCAAGCCGGUGACCUCACUCGUCAAAUUCGUCCUAGAAAAUAACCUAAGCACCGUUUUAGACUCUGUAGAACUUUUAUCUUACUAUAAUAAGAAGAUCAAGUUCAGUACUAGUAACAGGAGCUUCAACUUGAACCUCAGUUUAAACCCGAAUAAGCUACUGGUGAACAACAUUCUCAUCAGUCAGAGCUCUGACCAGGUCAGUAAUCUCGACUGUGAGGUAAAAUUUGUUGAAAAUGAGCACACUGAGGACGUGUUCGAGCCUGGGAUGGGCGAGUUUGACUGUGGUGACGAAGCUGAACCUGAGCCUGCAGAUACUAAAGUAACAGUAGUGGACAUAAAUAAGUUAAAAAAGGCCAUAAUGAGUAUCUUCGAGUCUGAGGGCAGGAACUUGUCAUUUUCUCAGCUAAUUUCAAGUGUUUACAAAAGGUUUGACAGGAACGUCGUCACAGUUCAUAUCAUCUUCGUGUGCCUACUACACGUGUCAAACGAGCAUAACCUCUUCCUCCAUGGGGAUUCCAUCAACUUCUCCAUCCAGGAGUAAAUCUUCAUAAAUCUUCAUAAAUCUUCAUAAAAUUUGAUAAAAUUUGAUUAAAUUUGAUUAAAUUUGAUUAAAUGUGAUUAAAUGUGUAAUAUAUUUUUAUGUUUGAUUUUUGCGUAUUUUGUUAAUUGUCUAGGCAACGGGAUAAAAAAUGGAAUCAUACAAAAUUACACAAACUUCCAAUUUAGUGGUAUAUUUGAGGGUCGUAACGGCGUGAUUUGGUACAAUAACAAUAACAAGAAAAACGGACAUCGCAUAAUUCUAGUCAAUCCAAUGUAUUUGAUUGAUAAGCUGAAGAAUGUGAAUGAGGUUAAGUUGACGAAUAAUCAAAUACACAUUAGGCGAAAACGGCCUAAUUUGCUACACAAACUACUCAACAACCUAAUCUAAUAAAAUUAUGUUAAUAAAA